AUGUCAGAGCCCUUCAUACAAGAACUAGAAGAAAGAAGUUAUGUGGAAUUAUUGAGAUGUUUUGUCUCGUUACAAGCGCAUCCUGUUCAUAGAUUUCAUUUGUAUCUUGAACAUCUUAAUGUUGGUGUGUAUUAUUUUUUCUAUGGGUAUCAAAAAGAUAGUUUCAAAGAAGGUAAAGGAGGUAAUCGUCUUAGGUCCAUUAAGGAAUUCGAUGUGAAACUAUAA